UUGUCGGAGUGUCUAGCGACCCCUUUAGGUCAUGGAUGCAUCGUAUGCAGCCAUACUUUCGGUACAGUAGAGAGGGGCUGGGAGUGUGACGGAAGUAAAGGAACAGACAGGACGAUGUGAAGGCACUCACAGGAACGUGAACGGAGAACACACACCGUGCUAGACCACAAGCAUUCCUUUCCACACCGACGCGUCCAAAGGGUACCUGUGGAGAUUGCCAUGAGUGUGGUCUGGACAACCUGCAUCGCUUGGGAAGGACCUGCUGUGAAUGACAUCGUGGGACUCGCCCUCGUCAUCGGUCCGCCUUUGUAUAUACUCGAUUCAUUCAAGAGGGUAGGACUAGGAAGGCUAUGAAUCGGGACCAGCCAACGCCGACGAGCAAGGGGAUGAGAGGGACGAGGACCGCGAUCCGAGAUGCAAGCUUGAGAUCAAAGUCGGUGAUCUCUCAACUGGAACGUACAGAUCUUGAUCCCAGAAAGCAAGAUGUCUGCACUUCAACAGCUCGUCAACUGGCUAAGAGCGAUCACUACUAUGGCACGGAAGAGGAUCAUAUAGCUCGGCGACAUCGAGCGCUGCGGGAAAGCCAUGUACGUGUCCUUGGAGCUACAUACCCUCAUAAGACGCUGACCACCGCUCAGAGCGAUAAACCUAGCCGUAGCUCAUGUCUCGACUUCUCCGACGCUCUCAUGUCCUUCAAUGACUGUACACGACGUCCAUCUGGACCUCCUCUAGCCAUCCCUAUACUAUGGACAGUCUCGCGCCGGCCCAUAGACGACCAAGAUGAUGAUUCUGAAGCUAUGCCGGAUCACGCGAGUAGGAUGAGCCCCCGAAGCGCAUAUCAAACACCUCGAAAGGCGACAUCACGAAUCCAAGGCUGCUCUCCACCCUCACCAGCAUCCUCAAAUCUCGUCACUCCGCCGACACCUCGCGUCGAUCUGCCCUUCAAUCCUCAGAUCUCCCCUACGCCAACAACACCCACCAGGCGUUCCAACAAACACCGGGCUCACUCCUCGUUAUCUUCACAAGAGACCGUUCUCUCGCCUCGAAAGGAUCAAGCUGGUCAUACCCCGAAAGCUCAUCGGCGUCCAAGGCUGCAUCCUUCCGCCGCCGCCGCUUCUGACUUUGACCUUGACAUCUUCACACUCCGACUUCUCAGUCCUGUUUCGCCAAAGGUACUUCCGUCGUUCUUCAAAGGAUCGGACUCGAGGCCCGAGCGUGUGAUGGAUGACUGGGGUGACGACGAGGAGCAGCUGGUGGCGGAGUUCCCAUUGCCUCCCAGUCGCGAUGACAGUGCUGGACCAGGUGCCUCGAGGGGCUGUCGGGCGGUAUCACGUCCUGCUUCGCCAGUCGUCGAAACGCCGGACACACUCAAGCCUCGUCGUGGGGAGCUUAUGCGAAUGACUCAAUGUUCGAUUCUUGAAGAUCUAUGGUGGGAUGACGAAAGCGAGACCCGCACCGUCACGGCCGACACGCCGAGAACAGUGGCGAGCUUCGCGAGCGAAAGUACGCACUGGUCAGCGGUGAGCAAGCAUUGGACGUAUGUGAUGGUAGCAGCUAAAAGCCUAUCAGCGGCCAUACAGAUCGAUGAGCUUUCGGGAAUUCGAUCGUGGCUUAUUGUCAUCGCCUUCAGCUGCAAAUGCGAUCAGAGACGAGUAUCUUGUAAGCUCGUCUCGUAUUGAACGCGCACCUCGCUGAUAGCUCCAAGAGGGCCCGCCAGAGAGAUGAUACAGGCAGUGUGGAUGUUUCCCCCCAAGGAGAUGCGUUCGUGCGACCCGCGCUUUGAGGCGAUGAAUCUUGGAUGAGUGGUAGAAAUCAGGUGUAAGUCAGAUUGCCCUGAGUCUCUGUGCCGGUCUCAGACCGUAUCUGAGCCUGUCAAUGCAUGAGCUGCGCUCUAUAGCUCAUUCAUUGACCAUCA